AUGUCCGGCUCUCAAGAUCGCAAGCCCGUGCCCGACCAAGCCGAAGAUGGCGCUUUCUUCCCCUCCCCCUUCUCUCUGACCCAGUACGUCGCACCCAAGACCGACUUUGACGGCGCCGACUACCCCAACGCCUACACAGGCAACAAAUGGAAAGUCCUCGUCAUCGGCACCCAAGAACGCUAUCUGCGCAUGGCGGACGGAAAGUUCUUCUCAACCGGCAACCACCCAGUGGAAAUGCUUCUCCCUAUGCUCCAUCUCGAUGCCGCGGGCUUCGACCUCGAUGUCGCUACCCUGACUGGCGAACCCGUCAAAGUAGAAAUGUGGGCAUUCCCCAACGAAGACGAGGCCGUCAAGGGAAUAUACGAAAAGUACAAGGAGAAGAUGAAGAACCCGCUCGCGCUCUCUGAUGUCUGGGGCAAGGGCUUCGACAAAGAAACCCCUUACAUCGGUGUCUUUGUGCCCGGAGGCCACGGAGCACUAAACGGAAUCCCUCAAUCACCUGUCGUGGGCAAUAUCCUUCGCUGGGCAGAUGCCAACAAACGCUACCUCAUCACCCUCUGCCACGGUCCUGCUUGCAUGCUUGCAGCUGAUGUGGCCAAGCCUCAGGGAGAAAAGUUCAUCUAUGAAGGCUACAAGAUCGAUGUGUUCCCUGACUCUCUAGACAGUGGAGCCAAUAUCGAUAUCGGAUAUAUACCUGGCAAGAUGAAGUGGUUGGUUGGAGAGGAGCUGAAGAAGCUGGGUGUCACGCCCAUCAAUGACAAGAUCACUGGAGAGACGCACCAGGAUAGAUAUGUGUUGACCGGUGACUCGCCACUGGCGUCAAACAACUUGGGAAAACUUGCUGCCAACACGUUGCUCAAAGAGCUUGAGAGCUUGUCUUAG